AUGAAUAAUAUAUUCAAAUUUACAAAAACCAUACAUAGUUUUAAUAAUAAUGUGCGUACUUUUUGCACUGUUCACAAAAAACUAAAAUUAUUUCAACAAAAACAAUUAAAACUAGCUCAAGAAAAACAACAAGAAGAAAAGCAACGAAAAAAUCAACCAAAAGAAUCACCACAUGAACAAAAACCACAAUUAACUACAGAAUCGCCUCCAACACCAACACCAAUCCCAAUACCUCCAGUUCCACCCACACCAAAACAAAAAAAAACUGCAACCAAAAGAAAAACUGCAUCGCCUUCUGUAAAAAAAAAUAUUCAAAAUAUCGAAAAAACAGUAUUUAAUAGAUUUGACGAAAUUUUAAAAAGUAAUAAUAAAAAUGUAAUUUUAUCAUGUUCAGGUGGAAGCGAUAGUAUAUUAUUAUUAUAUUUAUUAAAGCAAUGGAUAAAAAAAGGAAAAAAAGAAAUCACCGUUCGAGUUAUUACAUUCGAUCAUAAAGUACAAGCAGAAGAUAUUGGUGAAAUUUGUAAAAUUAUAAAGAAGAUUAUUGGGAGAUCGACCAAGGUAUUUUCACAUGAAGUUAUUACACUUAAUGAAAAACCUCUAGAAUUCAAAAAUGGGCUUCAACAAAAACUCCGUGACCAAAGAUACAAAUCACUCGUUUCCAUAAGCGAAGAUAAUAAAGAAAACAUUGUGUUCUAUGGUACCAAUUUAGGCGACUCAUUCGAAUCUUUUAUACAUAGAGUUUCAAGCAAAAGCGGUUUAGAUGGCCUAUCAGGCAUAAGAGAAGAGUUAAAAUUAUCCCAAAACACCACUGUUUAUAGACCACUUAUAGAAAUAUCAAAGAAUGAUAUUACCGCAUUUUGUAAUGGUAAAAAAAUUGGCUUCUACAGCGACCCCACCAACUUGGAUUUAUCAUUCACAAGAAAUCUAAACAGAUCGUUAAUUAACCAAUUUGAAAACUGCUCAACAACACAAGAUUUAGAACCAAUUUUAGAUGGAUUAACUGCAAUUCGAUUCAUCAGCGACCACAAUAAACAUGUUAUAGAAAAUAUAUUGAGCCAACUAAUCAAAGAACAACUUGGCAAUAAACAAAAAAACAAUCAAAAACAUAUACCUUUCCUUCCAGUUUUAAGAAUACCCUGCGAAAUCUUUGAAAGCUAUCCAAAAGGGGUCUCAACAAGAUUAAUCAAUAGAAUCGCCUCCUUAUUCUCAAAAAAUUUCAUCCAAUUCCACCAAUAUAAACUAGAUGAACUUAUGAACCAAAUUCUUUCAAAUAAUUUCACAAGUACAACAUCAAACGGAUUAUACAUUUACAAAGAUAACACUGCAAACGUCUAUGUGUUCCAACUAAAUAUGGCAAGCUUUAUGCGACCAAAAAAAAUCAAUGUAAAUGAAGUAGUUAAAAUGGACUCUUUCACUCUUUCAAUUAGAAAACUUAAUUCGGAACCACUUGAAGAUGAUCAAGAUUUUAUUGUUAGAGCUUUCAAAGAUGAAGAUAUAAACAAUAUUUCAGAAAAAUGCAGAUCCUACAUAAGAACCAUACCACCAUAUCAAAGACUACUCUUAGUAGUCAUUGCAAAAGCCUCAACCAAUAUUAUUCAAUGUAUACCAGCAAUGCGAUUUGUAACCCCCAAUUUUGACAAAAACUAUGUUAUGGAAUAUAGUUUAGAUAUUGAUAAAGAUAAAAUUAAAACCGAAUGGUCAUCCGAAUAA